GCAAUAACAAUGAGAUGGGGAGUUGUAAAGCAUGAAUAAUAGCUUAAUUAGCCCUUCUGAUAUGAGAAAAAGAUGAAGUACUUGUUAGUUGUAUGUUGCUACUAGAAACUUUUGCUAGGCUUCGGGAUUGAGAACAACAACAGAAGAUUGCUAGUUUAAAAUUCUAUUCCAACAGAAGAGAAUAGGCAACUGAGCGAGAAAAAGAACAAGUAUGCAAUGCAUGAAGCUUCUCUGGUUCUCAUCUAUUCCUUCACAGCUGUAUAAACCACUAGAUUCUGAGCCCGAUAACCCAUUGAAAUUUAACCCCAAAGUUCAACUUCUGCGUAGCUCAAAACCCUGUAAUGCCGCAAAAACUGAUGAAAAUGAAAAUGGCCAGAAUUCAGUAAAGACUCUACCUUUACCUUCCCAUGUGAAACCCAUCACAAGCACAUCAAACCCAUUUGUGAAGCAUUGUUUAAAGCUUCGCCAGAGCUCUUCUUAUCGCCACUCCCAUGGCUCAGUUAUUCUGGUGGGCUCUACUCCUAUAAGGGAGCUAUACAGAUUUCAAAACAAAAUUGAAGAUGGACUUGCUGCAAUAGAAUGCUUACUUGUGCUUGAUAACACUAAUGUUCCUGAAUACUUGAAUAAUCAGUCAAUUUGACAUGUCAAUGUUGGUUCACUGGUGAUGAAGAAAGUUUCUGGGCUGCAAUCAACUGAUUCCAUUGACAUGGUUGCGCUAAUAAAAAUUCCCUCAACAUUUCAUAGCAUUGGUAGUUAUCUGAAAGAAGAAGAUUGUCAUAAAUGGUUCCCAUCUCCUUAUCAGAUAUUAGUCCUAGAUGGAGUUCAGGACCCUGCUAAUCUUGACAUGCUUCUUAGGUCAGCUAUGGCCUUUAGAUGGAUUCCUAGAUAUGAGCAAGGUAACUUUUUGGGCCCUACUAUAUUGUGUGAUGUUGCAACCAACAUGGAGUGCUACAAGGAGGAAAUGUUUGGGCCAGUUCUUUGUAUGCAGGCUAACAGAUUUGAAGAAGCCAUUGCCAUUGUGAAUAGAAACAGGCAUGUGAAUGGAGCUUCCAUCUUUAGGGGUCGCAGCUAGGAAGUUCCAGAAUGAUGUUGAGUCUGGGCUGGUUGGAAUAAACGUGGCUGUCCCAAUUCCUUUGCCAUUUUCGUCGGUCAAUGGUUCAAAAGCAUCUUUUUCUGGUGAUCUCAAUUUCUGUGGAAAGGCUGGAUUGCAGUUUUACACACAGAUAAAAGCAGUAGCACAGCAAUGGAAGGACUUGCCAACCAGAAGGGUAUCAUUACCUCAUCCUCCAACAUCUGAGACAGAAAUCAGUUCUUGAGGGACAUUCUUAUCACAGCCACUUUCAUCUGAGAGUGAUAUACCUAGCAGAGAAGUGUCACCAGCUAUGCCUCUAGCUUUGGAGAAUGAUCUGCCGACUGAAAACUUAUACCUGCCAUUGCCCCCAAGUGAAGGGGAUGUAUCAAACGCGGAAGUAUUGCCUUCUACUCCACCGACAAGAGAGCCGGAAUUACCCAAGCAAGAAGGGGCAUUGGCCAUGUCUUUGAUAUCUGAAAGGGAUUCAGUUAACCUGAAAGUGUCAUUGCUGAUGCCUCUAGCGGCUGAGAUUGAUGCUGCUGGGCAAAGUGAAUCAUCGUCCUUGUGUUCGGUAUCUGAGCGGACAUAUCCAUGUCAAACCUCUCAAUGGGGUGAUCCACUUCCCCUGAUAUCACAAAGCACUGAAACUACUCCAUCAACUGCUAAGAAGGUUUAUAUGGCUCCAAAUUCUCAGAGGAUUGACACAUUAGCUCCUGGAAUCCAAAGGACAGAUACUGUGGACGCUUCAGAUUCUGAGAGAUUGUACUUUCCUGUGACUUGUAGUAGUGAGAUAAACCCAAUAUCUCUUAGGAAUGACAGUGUUAGUCCAAUGUCUCUCAGGCAUGAUAUUCAGAUGACAGACAUAAAUGUGCGUCCUGCUUCUGAGAUGGUUUAUAUGCCAGUAAUGUCUGAGCACAAAGAAAGUGUUGGUCCAACCUCACAAAGGACUGGUGUACUCCAUUUGAAACCAGACAAGAUGUACAUGGCGUCUCAUAGGAGAGAUGGUAUGGGUAUGAUGCCUCUAAUGGCCAAGGCAUCAGUUCCUCCAGCUUCUGGGAGUUUGUACAUGUCUACAUCUUGCUCAAAUGUGAUGGCUUCAACGUCUGACAAGAUGAGCGUACCUACAGAGAUUCAGCAUGACGGUAUAUCAUCAAAAUCUGAGAGGUUAUUCAUGCCUGCAAGUUCUCAGGGCAUAUAUGCCGAAAACCAAAUAAUGUCAGCACAUAAUUAUCGUGGCCAAAUAACACCACAAACUCAUCCUUCCUCUCAGUCAUUAUAGGAUGCAACUCUUCCUUAUAAUUCUAAUGCAGAAAGAUACAACUUUUCUCUAGCAUGGUUAUAGAUUUAGCCUUUUCUCGCUUACAUUUUGAUUUCAAGACAUUGACCCUCAAGAGUAAUAACCUUGUACUCCUGCUCGUCAGUUCAAUAAAUGCCAGAAAUCUAUACUAUUUUGC